UUGAUGAUCAAACACGCAAUUUCAAACCUGUUUUAGUGAACAUAUCUCGAUCUACUUCAAAUUGUUUUUACUUUUUAGUCAAUCUGUCUCAUUCUUUCUCCCAUUAAUCUUAUUUAAAUUGCUUUGACAAAGUAACCACAGCGUUGAACUCUUUCUCCCUCUCUCUUUCUUGGGAAAGAAAGAAGAAUCAGUGCUUAUUAUGAUUAGUGAAAAAAGAGAGUCUCCUUUUUGGGAUCAAACCCAGAAGAUUUUUACUUGAUGCUAAUGCUUUAUGCUGAUGAUUGGGUGUUUCCGGAAAGCUUUAGAAACUGGACGAUGGGUUUUCCUUUAAUGACAGUAAAAGCAGGUUCUUUGGAUAUAACUAAAAGGAUAAUGAAAAGAAAGCAAACAACUUUUUAGGGUUUUAUUGUCUUCAUCCUGAUCUUCAUUGCCCUUAUUUCUUGGUUUCUCAGAGAACCGCUACCCAUUACUGGUGCAGGAUUAGAGCUCCGUGACAAAUCAAGAUCGUGCAUUUAUGGCAGAAUCAACUAUGGAGAUCAAACAUUCAGGUCCUACCCUUGACGUCUCGGUAUCAUUCGGCAGGUUUCAGAGUGAUUCUCUUUCAUGGGAGAAAUGGUCAUCUUUCUCACCAAACAAGUAUUUGGAAGAAGUUGAGAAAUGCUCCACACCUGGAUCUGUAGCUCAGAAGAAAGCUUAUUUUGAAGCCCAUUACAAGAUGAUUGCUGCACGCAAGGCCUCCGAACAAAUGGAGCUAGAGAAGUUAACAGAAUCUGAUUCUCAGGAAGUUGAACUGGAUUUGAAAAGCUCGAAUGAAGCAAUCGUCGAGCCAUUAUCUACUGCUGAUUUAGCGAGUGAUUUGGCGAGUUGCAGUGAUUUUGAUCACUCCAUUGGGAAAGAUGUUGAAGUUGAAACAUAUCAGAUUUCUUCGUCAGCUUCAAGUCAAGAAAAUAUUCAUCAAAGUGAAUCUUUGGACCACUUGGAAGUGUCCAAUUUUUCGCUUCAAGAACCCUCUUCCCUAAAUGGAACUAUGGAGGAAAGCAAAGAAGAGAACCAUCUCAAUGAAUCCAAAAUCAAGGCAGAUCAGAAAAUGGAAAUGGAGAAAACUCAGAAAACAGAAAAGGAGAAGAAGACCCAGGAAACGGAAAUGGAGAAGACUCAGAAAACAGAAAAAGAGAAAAAAACUCAGGAAACGGAAAUGGAGAAGACUCAGAAAACAGAAAUGGAGAAAAAGACCCAGGAAACGGAAAUGGAGAAGAAGAAACAGAAAACUGCUGUAAACAUAAAGGAUGAUUCCAAACUGGAUGCAUCUAAGAAAUCUCAAAAGGUGAGGAAUUCUGCAGAAAUCAAGAAGAAACCAACUUCACCAUUAAUCAGAUCUCCACAAGUUUUUACCCAAAAGAUACCAAAGCAAUUGUCAACAUCUAUGGUGGCUUCUUCUUCAUCUCCUUAUCAAUCUUCGUUAUCAUUGCGGAAAAGUAAAACUCCAGCUACCGAUAACAAAAGAAUUCCUCCAUCAUCCUUGCACAUGUCUAUGAAUUUAGGGCAUUCAAAUUCUAACCACCCGUCUUCAUCCUCAACCAGAAAGUCUCUCAUUAUGGAGAAAAUGGGGGAUAAGGACAUCGUUAAACGAGCAUUCCGAACAUUCCAAAAUAGUGUCAAUCAAUUAAGGUCUCCUGCGGAUGAGAAAUCUACCCAAAGAAAGCAGGUCUCGGCGUCUUCUUCUUCUGUUACUUUGAGAAAGGAGAAUGACAGUACAAGGAAGACACAACCGGUAAAGACUGACAAAACACUAAGGAGUCAACCUGGAAGCAAAGAGACCAAGUCGUCACCUAUGUUUGUAAAAGCACCGGCUGUGGACCAAAGGAAGGCAAAACCUGCCCCAGACAGAACUGAAAUACUUAAGUCAGGUAAGAAAUUGGAGUACAAAACAGCUAAUACUAAGCGGGAAGGAAAAACAAAUAUCAUCCCAAAUCCAAAGAUUAAUCGUAACAAACAGGUGGUGGGAGAAGGAAAGAGGGGUGGGGUGAGUGAGCAAAAACCGAAGUUAAACUUGAACAAAGCAAAUAAUAGACCAAAUUUGUAUCAGGCGAAGAGUACAUCGAAGAAGAAUAGCCUGUUGGAAAUGGAAGGCGCAAAAUUGGAGAAACAUUAUCAACCGGAACCGAGAGUAUGAAAAAGAUUAUUUCUUUGAUCAACAAGUCACUUUGUAACAAAAAAGCAUUUGGUUUUGAAAUAGAUCAUCAAUAUUUUGUAUUGGCUAGCUAGUAAGGAUUGUCUCAUGUUGUCUAUAAAUUAAUUGCAGAAAGAGAGAUAUUGAGUGAGAUUUUUCAUUGUGUAAAUUAAGAUGAAACAAAAUGCACUCAUUGAAUGUGGUUUUCAUAUGCUGUAGCAAAAAUUGAAAGAAUGUUGUUCAUUUUUUAUU